AUGAGCGCUUCUUCGCAGUACGAUGAAUUUCAAGCUAUGCUUGAGCAACAAAAGGGAAUUUAUUUACAGCAGAACAGUCAGCUUGCGAAAUAUAAUUCCAGUCUUAUGAUGAAAAUCACUGAUAUGGAGACUAAAGUGAGUGAAUUGGUGCAAGAGAAUGUUUCCUUACGGUCGCGGCUUUCUAUGGGUGAAUUGCGCUAUCGUGAGAAGCUCAAUACUGUUUUCCAGACGUUAGAGGACGGAAUUGUAGAAAAAUUCUUGCAAAUGAACCAAUUGUUGACCACAGUACGGGAGAGCCAGGGUUUAGAAUCAGGUAUUCAUGAUAACCCUCUUAAACCGAUUUUGAGAGGCUCGAAUGGUAUAAGCCCGAGAUCUGCGAAGAAAGUGGAGUUUACUGGUGCAAAUACCACAACGAAACCAGUUGGGUUUGAGGAUCCAAUUGCGGAAGAUAACCAUGAAAAUAGCGGGAAUAGUCUCGAGCUGAAUGAUGAUGAGGUACGACCUCUGAGAAAGAGGAGGCGUAAGAGUUCACGGAGAGAGUCGUUGUUCAUUCCUGCAGAUUUCGAGUUUAACGAUGAGGACCCGGAACUAGAACUGAAUCAACUGCCGAUAACUGAGGAUGAACCGCCGCCUAGUACUGCAGCCACCUCAGUACCUGAGGAAGAGUCUCAGGAGAACAAGCAUACAAAAGAAGAGCGUGAAGACGAGGGAAAAGAGAAUGUCUCUACGAUACCUUUGGUACCGGUCCUUCCAUCUGUUACUAACACAGGCACUGAAUGUAGCAAUACCAAUAAAAAUAAUACUACAGAAAUGGAAACUGCACUUGCCGAAGAUGAUUCUUACAAUUUCACUACAUCAGUCAUUGAAUAUUCCAUUCCAGAGGAAACUUCAACUCACGAGCAUUCACAUAUCCUACUGGAAACGUCGAAAUCGAAAAUUGAUGUAUACAACGACAGAGAAGAGACAAACAACAAUGAGGCUGAUGACUCAAUGAAUAUCGUCCAGUGCACAAUCCCAUCACAAUCGAAAAUUAAACAUUCCAUGAAACAUCCUAGGACGAAACUGAAAGGUGGCCAAGAUGAUAUUAUGCCCCACACAGAUUACGAUAAAGAUGAUGAAAAACGAGAAAGAAGGACUAGAGGCAAAGCUGUCAACUAUAAACUCCCAUCACUACGUGCUAAGAUGCGUAGACCCACUGAAAAAUUGGUGGAUGCCACAACUGUCACCGAUAUUCAUGAUUUACAAGUGAAACGUAGAAAUAACCAACAACAGGGAAUACCGUCUGAUGACGAUGAUCAGGAAGAACUCUUAGUGCCUGCUGGCGUACCUGACACAAAUGUCGUCAUUGCAACAGUGGAAGAAGAGAACAGAAAGGAACCACCGGCUUUACCAUUACAUGAGAUUCACCUUGCACAAAACGUUAAACCUAAAAUCGCUCUGAAAGAAUUAUCAGCUAACGCUAUCAACAGAAAAGUUAAAACAUCUACUGCCGUAAAAGCAAUAAGCCACACUAAAUCGCGAGUGCUUAAAGAUGUCAAGUUCAACACAUUGCCCACAAAGCAACAAGCUAUUGAAAACAACUCGUCCGAUCCAAAUGUAUCUGAUGAAAAUGAAAAUAGCAACGUGAAACCGACAAGAACUAAACAGGCUACUUCAGAUCUAGCAGCAUUUGAAAUUAUAGAUGGAAUUUCUCUGAAACAUGUAUCCAGGACACAUCGUGUCAGAGCAAAAGAAGACAUGAACAAAAAACGUAAAAGAAUUCAUAAUGACGAAAUAAGCAUAUGA